GGACUUUGCCCCGCCCACUUAUUUUACACGCGUGUUUCGCGUUUGCAGCAUGGCUUCGUCCGCCAAAAGGAGAGCAGUAGGUUUGGGUGAGAAUCCCGACGACAGCGAAAACAGCUCGGAUGAGAAUCAAGAGGACGACGACGGAUCCGAGGAGGAGGACAGCGAUGCGUCGGAGGAGCAGAUUAACGAGGAGGUCAUUGUGGAUUUUGAAGCUCACACCAUUUCAGCCAACGACUUUAGUGGCAUUAAGAAACUCCUACAGCAGCUCUUCCUGAAGGCGCACGUGGACACGUCAGAGAUGACGGAUAUCAUUAUUCAACAGAAUAACGUUGGGAGUGUCAUCAAGCAAGCUGAGGUGCCAGAGGACAGUGAUGAUGAUGACCCGGAUGAGGUGUUUGGCUUCAUAACCAUGCUCAACCUCACAGAAAGGAAGGGUGUCAAGUGCGUAGAGGAGGUGAAGGAAAUGAUCGUGGAGCAGUGCGAGAAGAACUCCACGCCCAGCGUCGCUGAACAGCUGGAGCACAUCCUCGGCGACGCCAGCAAGCCCGUGGGGCUCCUGCUGAGCGAGCGCUUCAUCAACGUGCCUCCGCAGAUCGCCCUCCCGCUGCACAAGCAGCUGCAGGAGGAAAUCGCUGAAGCUCAGAAGACGAAUCAGACCAGCGGGAGGUGUCACUAUUGUCUGAUGAUCAGCAAGACCUGCAAAGAGGCAGCCAAGAAUAUCCCUUCAAGAGGAGCUCCUAAGGAGGAACACAUGUUUGUCAAUGCGGAGGAGGAAUUCUUCUAUGAGCAAGCCGUCAUAAAGUUCCACUACUCGGUCCAGGAGGAGGCGGAUUCCUGUUUGAGCGGCAGGUGGUCGUUCGACGACGUACCCAUGAAGCCCUUCAGGACCGUGAUGCUGAUACCGGAGGACAGAAUGCCCGCCAUCAUGAGCAAACUCAAAGAAUACCUGACUGUGUGAACACUUUCAAUAAACACACACAUUUAACACACCCAAGGACUUUGGACUCGUGGACAUGGUUCACUUUGCACCAAGAGGUUUGUAAUUGUAAACCUUAUGUGUUUCAUACUGACGUGUUCCUUCACCUAUUGUUAAAUCAGACAUUUUCAUAAUCAGCAGACUAUUCUCCAGACAAUUUAUUAAUAAAUAGGGUAAACCUCA